AUGCCGCGCGGCUCCAUCUGUUGGCUGCUGCUGGCCGUGGCGCUGGCGGCGGCCGCCGUGGAGGCCGGCCGGAGCCGGAGCCUGCACCGGGACUUCGACGCCGUGUGGGGGAAGCGCAAUGCGCGCUUCUUCGACGACGGCCGGGUGGUGGAGCUGGCGCUGGACCGGGAGACCGGGUCCAGGCUGGAGUCCAAGGACCGGUACCUCUUCGGGCGGUUCGACCUCGACAUCAGGCUCGUCGCCGGCGAGUCCGCCGGCACCAUCACCUCCUUCUACAUCUGCACGGGUGGCGCGCGGCACGACGAGGUGGACUUCGAGUUCCUGGGCAACGUGAGCGGCGAGCCCUACAUCCUGCACACCAACAUCUUCAGCGACGGCAAGGGCGAGCGGGAGCAGCAGUUCGUGCUCUGGUUCGACCCCACCGCCGACUUCCACACCUACUCCAUCCUCUGGAACCCGCUCAACAUCAUCCUGUACAUCGACGGGACGCCGAUCCGGGUGUUCAAGAACAACGAGGCGAACGGGGUGCCGUUCCCGACGCGGCAGCCGGUGCACGUCUUCGCCAGCAUCUGGAACGCCGAGGAGUGGGCGACGCAGGGCGGGCGCGUCAAGACGGACUGGUCCGAGGCGCCCUUCGUGGCCGCGUACCGGCGGUUCGACGCGACCAGCGCCUGCGUCUGGCAAGGCGAGGCGUCGCCCACGCGGUGCGGCGGCGACCACCUGCCGUCGUCGGCGUCGUCGUGGAUGGCGCAGCGGCUGGACUGGUGGAGCUGGAUGACGCUCAACUGGGUGCGCAUGAACUACAUGACCUACGACUACUGCGCCGACCGGAAGCGGUACCCCCACGCGUUCCCCACCGAGUGCAUCAUCCCCAUCGGCAGGAUCUGA